AUGGCUUCAGCCUUGAAAUGGAUCCUCGGCCAACCAUCACCAUCGCCAUCGGAAACCGCCUCGCUCAAGACCAAAACCACGAAACGAGGGCUGCCUGCGUCGUGGUACCGAAGUCCCGAGCUCUAUCAGCUUGAAAGAAGGGCGAUUUUCUCCCGGAAGUGGCUGCUCGUCACGCAUAAGAACCGGUUCGGCCAGCCGGGAGACCUGUUGCGCUUCACCGAGGCCGGCUUCGACUUCUUUCUCUGCCUGGACCGCGAGGGAAAGCUGGGCGGGUUCUUCAACAUCUGUCGGCAUCGAGGAUUCCCCCUGGUGCACAAGGAGCAAGACCAUGUAAAGAUUCUGGCAUGCAAGUACCACGGCUGGUCGUACGGGCUCAACGGCAAGCUGGCCAAGGCACCACACUUUGAACAAUUCCCGGACUUCGACAAGGAGGAGAAUGGAUUGCUGCCGAUCCACGUCCACAUCGACGCCUUGGGGUUCGUGUGGGUGAACCUGGAUACCUCCUCCCCGACGCCGGAGCCGUGGAGCGAGCAGUUCGAAGGGGUCGACACGCAAGACCGGCUCCAGUCGUUCAACUUCCAAGAGUAUCGCUUCGACCAUACCUGGGGCAUGCAGGGCGACUACAACUGGAAAACCCUGGCGGACAACUACAACGAAUGCCUGCACUGCCGGACCGCGCAUCCCGACACGAACGGCGUGGUGGACGUGACGGUGUACCGCGAGACGGGGUUGAACGAGGGCAAGGUGCAGAUCGCAAGCACCUUCUUCUACCCGAAUGCCUGUACGACGGUGUCGCCUCACUAUUUCUACAUGAUGAGAUGCGUGCCGACCUCGGCCACGACGUGCUCGAUGGAGUACGAGGUCUACCGACAUCAGGACGCGUCCGACGAGGACUUUAACAACAUCGACCAGAUUUACAAACGCGUGCUCACCGAAGACAAGUGGCUGUGCAACAACACGCAGAGAAACCUGGAGGCCGGCGUCUUCGUCAACGGCCAGAUGCAUCCGGACUACGAAUUUGGGCCGUUGUAUUUCCAGAGUCUGGUCAAGGAGUGGGUGCUGCAGCAUCACGCCGAGGAGCAGAAGCAGAAGAAACAGAUCUGGCCGGCCGCUCAGCAGUUGGCCACGGACACGGACACCAACACCCGCACCACCCAAGACGAAAUCGCCUUCUGCGCCGGCCUGGAGUGUGGUCCCGACGCCGAGCCUAGAUUGGCCUGGUAG